GUUUAUCACAACCAGUUUUGAUUUCUUACCUUAAUUUAAAAAAAACAAAAGUACAUAAGAAUGGAUCGUUUUGACUAUGUUGUAUGGCAAGAUCGUGAGGUUAAAUUUGAUAUUUCCAAUGUACAACAUAAGAUCCGUGGAGGUGAAGAGAUUUUGGAUAUAUUCGACUAUGUCGAAGAUACAAAAGGGAAUCCGAAUGAGAGAGGUCGUUUGCUGGUGACGAACCUUCGACUUAUUUGGUAUUCGUUGAACAAUAACAAAUUCAAUUUAUCCAUUGGUUUCAAUUGUAUCCUGACAAUAACAUUGAAAUCGGUGCUAUCGAAGCUUCGUGGUACAACAUUGGCAUUAUACAUUUUGACAUUGUGCCGCAACUCACGCUUUGAAUUUAUAUUCACCAAUUUGGCGCAGAGCAACACGCGAAAAUUUUCAUCGGUGCUUGAUGUUCAUAGAUCUUAUGAAUCGACGGUUUUAUACAGAGAAUUGAAAUUACGAAGUGCCAUUAUGUCAUCGGGUCACUUAAUACUGUUGCCAAAGGAACAGGUUUAUAGUACUUUCGGUGGAAUUUGGAAUUUGUCCAGCGAUCAAGGCAAUUUGGGUACAUUAAUCGUGACAAAUGUACGCGUCAUUUGGUAUGCUGAUAUCAAUGAAACGUUCAACAUCAGUUUGCCACACAUGCAAAUCGCUUCGAUAAAAAUCAGAGACUCCAAGUAUGGGCAUGCAUUAGUGAUUCAAACGCUGGAAACUGGCGGUGGUUACACCCUCGGAUUCAGGGUAGAUCCUGCAGCAAGACUAGUUGAUGUGUACAAAGAACUCGAUUCUUUGUUUUCGGUUUAUUCGGCAACACCAAUCUUUGGAGUAACUUAUGAGCGCAAAGAGGAAGCGCCCGAACGUGAUGAUGAUACAAUUUCAAUUGAUAAAAUCACUGAGGUUGACGAAUCCAAAACGGAUGAGAUUAAUACCAAAUUCUCAACUUAUUUGGCUGAUGGAACGGACAAUGGACGUCGACCGCCAUUCUAUUGCAAAGAGCUUGGAUUUGCAAUGGAAAAAAUUAAAGACGGUUUUACAUUGAAAGAUCUAUGGGAAGUUAUUCCAACUACGAAUUGAA